AUGGAAAGUAGUGAUACAAUUCAUACUUCAUGUGAUGGUAAAGACUUUAAUACAAAAGAUUCUUCGAGUGAUGAGGUUUCAAUUAUAUCAGAAAAUGAGUCUUUUUCAAGUGAUAACUCACAACUAAAAGAUAAAAUGAUUAAUGACAAACAAGAAAAAGAUGAAAAAGAAGGAAAUGUAUGUAAUGAAAAGGAAUCUAUUCAUGAAAAUAUAAAACAAGAAGAAAAUAAUAAGGAAAAAAUAAACACAAAAACUCCAACACAAACACCAAGUAAAAGUUGUUCAUUUGGACAAAAAGGACAAACUUCUCUAAUUUCAAUUAAGGAAUUAUCUAAUUCUAAAUCACCCCAACCAAAACAAGAAAAAAAAUUAAAUAUUGAAGUAGUAGAUUGUAAAUCACCAACUAGUCCUAUUAUUUCUCCAAGACAAAAAUUUACACCAAGAGCAUCAAUGAUUCAAUUAGUUAAAGGAUGUCCAGAAGAACAAAUUAAAAUAGGGUAUAAUGUUAGUUUAAUGAAUAGGAAUGAUGUUAUUAAUUUUAAAGGACCAAUGAAUGGACAAUUAACAUUAACUAAUUACAAGAUAGUAUUUGUAGUUAAAUGUGUAAUAUUUAAUGUUAGUAUUCCAUUAACAAAGAUUGCAUAUUUUAAGAAAGUUAAUUCUAUGGAUAAACAACAUAAAAGAUUA